GGCUGCAUCGUCGAAAUAUUGUAGGGGGCGCUAUCGAGCAGACUUGCCCCGACCAAAUUUGAAGUUGAUUCGAUUAUACGCCGGUGCUCGUGCCCUAAUAAAUAAAACGAAUGUCACAAUCAAAUUGAAACAAGGGACGUUCUUACUACAAGGAAAAAAAUGACAAUUUUUUCUUUUUUGUGAAGGAUAAGAUGACCUCCAUGAAAGCUCAGGUCAGCAAAUGGAUAUUGACUGAAUCUGCAAUCAAAAAUACUUUUUCAGGGAAUACAUCUAAACGUCAGGAACCACAGAAAGAAACAGAGAGAGACCCUGUCGAAGCUCAAACAUUUGAAAUUCCAACAGACAUAGAAGAAUUUACUAAAGAGACCAUGUCUUUGCAACAGUCCAUAACAUUAGAAGACUGGAAUCCAAGUGAAGAAAUAAAAGAACAGGAAGAUAUGCAUUCAGAGCACAAACAAAGACAAGAACCCAAUUAUUUUGCCGUGGACAUAAAGGAAGAGCAGAAUGUUUUCUUACAGAUGCAGACAAUUCAUGAAGAAACAUUAAUAGAUGAUGAUCAUAGAACAUUUGUGAUACAUGUAAGUGAAAUGGAAGAAGUCAAAAAGCAGAUGUUCAAACUCAAAGAGAGAGAGGAGGAAAUAAGGCAGCAAAUAAAGUAUGCCACAGAGAACAUGGAGCAAAAUAAAAAAUAAAAAUGAAAAGGCUCAUUAUGGACAUAAAUGUCCUGCAAAGUCAAAAACCAGAGAUUGAAAAUGGAUUGCAAAGAGCGAGGGAAAGCACAAAGGUUUUCAAACAUGAAAUAGGUAAAUAUGAAGUGAAGGUGCAAAAACAAGAUAAUGGCAGCAAGGUGAAUCAAGAAGUUAUUGAUGUUCAGAAGCAAAACCAAGGUCAGGAGUCAAUAGAAAAUAUACAGACACAUACUGAGGAGAUAGAUGGAUUUUCUGGUAAAAAAGACACAAGAAGUACUGGUAUACAAAGACUUCAAGGAAAGAUUUAUAGAACACAAUAAAUCAUAACACAACUAAAUCUUGAACUUAAAAACCCCACUAAAGAAAGUUAUAUCGACGAACAUCAUAAGGAUGAAGAGAGUGAAAUUGAAGGAUUGCUACAUGACAUGAAAGUAUUCCAAGAGCUUUUGAAACGGGUUAAAACUGCAAUAAGGCAAAGUGAAGUGCAUCUGAAGGAAGAAAGGAGCAACAUGAAAUUGAUAAAAACUGCAGCAAAAAAACAAAAGAAAACUGGAUCAGAGAUUAGAGAAAACUUUGAGAGAGGGAGAGAUGAAUUUCAUAUUUUGAAAAGAAAACAUCAAACACAAACUGAUGUGACUGAGCAGAAGUUGGAGAAAAUGGCAAAAGUUAUGAGCACCAUAGAGAAAAUUGCUGCCAAGACUAGACUGAAAAGUGAAGAUAUAAAGAUUGUUAUGGAGGAGACUGAAGUACAACUGAGACAGUUGGAAGACCAAAACUACUGUAUAAGAUUGAGGCUACAAAACAAGAACUGGAAAACAGACAUCAUUUAAUAUCCCAAGGAAGAGCUGACCUAAUAAAAGUCAAAACUGAAAUCUGGCAGUAUAAGGAUAGAGAACAAGCCUUCAAAAGUAUUGAAAGAGAGGAGGGAGACAUAAAGAAACAUGACAGAGCUGAAACUGAUACAGAACAGGACAACAUGUCAAAGAACAGAAUGGGAAAAUAAAUGGAAGAAAUGGAAAAUGAAAUCUUCCAACUGAGAUCAGAAAAGGAUGAGAAGGAUAUUUUACUGACAGAGCACAGUUUGGGUCAGAAAAACUGUGAAAUUGAACAACUAAAAAAGUUUAUAAGUGAGCAAGUGAUUGAGAGAGAAGGGAUUGAGAUGCUGAAUCAACAUAUUCAAAUAGAGAGACAAAAUGUGAGAAUAGAAAGACAAGCUGAGGCAGAAAUACACAAGAUGAACCAUUUAAGGGAGAGCAUGGAAAUACAGAAACAGGAGCUUGAUGACAAAGUACAAAUGACCAAAAGAGAAAUAAGAGAAAUGGAGCUGCUGAAGUCUGAGCUGGAAAUUAACAAAAGAGAAAGUAAACAGAUAAUGAGAAAAAGCAUGCGAAAAAGGAAGGAGAGUGAAAUAAAGUUGAAUGACAUACAAAGAGAAAAGGAUGUACUGAGGAGAGAGACCAAGAAGAGAAGAAGAGAUUUGGAGCAAAGACUGGAAAAAACCAUGCAAGAGAUGGAUGAGUCAGAAAUACAGAGGAUGAAAUUGCAACUGCAGAAGGAGGAGAUGGAUGUGGAGAAGCAGAGAUUCAAAGACCAGACUACUCUUAUCCAAGUUUGCGAAGAACAGGAUGAACAAAGUCUGGAAAAGCAUCAGUCGAAAAACAUCAUGGAGGAAGUUAAAAUGAUACAGCAAAGCUCAAAAGCCACUGAUUCUAUUAUUGACCUUCAAAACAUAAGACAAAAGAUUCAUGUAAAUUUGGAAAUGAUUAGGAGGGAAAUGGGAAUUCUGGUGAAUGUAAAUGUUAAUUUAGGGGAACAAAGAUAAGGACUCAAAGCUUUAAAAACUGAGAACAGGACUGUGAGAGACAACAUGAGCCAAUUAAAACAUCAGAUAGAUUUGGACUUCAAAAAAAGGACAAUACAGGCAAAAGCAGAGAAGGAUGAAAUGGUCCAAAUGAGGAAGAACAUCCAAAAACAAAAAAAGGGGCUUGAAAUCAGACUAGAAGAAGUAAAAAGAGAAAGAAGAGAGAUGGAAGUGUUGAAGUGUGAGUUGGAAAUUGAAAAAAGACAAAAUCAACAGAUGAUCCGAAAAGGCAUUCAAAAAGAGCAGGAAGGUAAAAAGAUGUGGGCUGAGGUCAAAAUUGAAGAAGAUGCUUUCAAGAGGGAGACACAGAAGAGAAAGAAGGAGCUUGACCAGCGACUGGAGAGGAUCAACAGAGAAAGAGAUGAACUGGAGAUCAUGAAAAUAAAGAUGCAGAGAGAAAAAGACGUGAGCAAAGGUAGAGUGGGAGAGUGGUUCAUUCAGUUCCAAAGUGAACUGGAACCGGAUGAAGUACAAGAAAAAAGGGGUAAGAGCAUCAAGCUUUCAGAAAGAAAAGGUCUGAUAAAAAUGUCAAAUGUGGUCAAUGAAAAGGAUGUUGUGAAAGAAAAGUGGAAGCCAAACUCAGUUAAAGAAUAUGGAGAUCUUAAAAAGCUAAAGACUGACAUGACCCAAAAGAGAGAGGAUCAGAAAGAUAUCUAUGACAUUAUGACCAAAGAGAAACUGGACUUGGAUCUGAUGAAGUCUGACAUGAAGAAACAAAUGAACCUGUUAGAAUGAGACAGUCA